ACUAAUAAUUCUCGUAGGAAUUAUUUUCUUUUCUAAUAAUAUAUCGUCUGAUGCAAAAUCUUCAAUACUCAUACAGCAAUGGCGAUCAGUAAACACCAUUUGGUGUACAUUAUGAUUGUCGGGGUUUGCUGUUUAAACUUGACAGAGGCGGAAACAUUUAUCUACGGAGAAAUAACAGAAGAUACCAAUUUUUCGUCGGCUGACAGUCCAGUGUAUGUGACCGAAAAUGUAACAAUUGUGACAAAUGUAACACUGACCAUCCAGGCAGGAGUGCAGAUGAUGCUUGCGGAAGGUGUUGGUAUUUACGUCGAGGGAACUUUGAUCACAAAUGGAACUAAGGACCAACACGUUGUAAUGACUAGUUUUGGAAAUUCAACAUUUUCGAGUGACAGAUGGCACGUUAAGUGGUCACAUGUGCGAUUGGUCGAUGGAAGUAGCCCCCUUGAAGGACGGGUUCUGGUGUAUAUGAAUGGUAGAUGGGGAAGAGUGUGUGUAAAUUCACAAAAUUAUGUAAACGUUGCAUUGGUUGUGUGUCGUCAACUUGGAUACGAAGGCGGAUUUUAUGGAUGGUUUGGAAGUGGACAGGAACCAAUUCACUUUAAUAUCAUAUAUUGUGAUUCAACAGAGGAUACCAUUUUUGAUUGCUUGAACAGAAGAUACGAUGACUGCUAUGGAAACAAUAAUUUCGGAGUCGUUUGUAAUCAACCAAUUAUUCAAAAUGUUACUCUACCAAACAACACUUAUUGGGCUGGUCUAAGGUGGCUAAAAGGCGGAAUGCAGGAAACCCAUAGCGUUAUAAAAUACACGGACAUUUCACAUGCUGGAGUGGACGCAAAUGGUGAGGCGGGCAAUCCUGCGAUUUAUGCUAAUUCAAGAAAAUUACCAAGUUUGUCAAAUGUUAUUAUUGUUGAUUGUGCUGGGUCAGGCGUAAGAUUCUCAAGCAUAAUUUCUGAUAUCAAUGUCAAAGAUGUUGUUGUCAGAAGUAAUCUUGGUUAUGGAAUUGAAAUGUCAACUUUGGGACCAAUUUCAAUAAAUAAUUCUGAAUUCAAUGAAAAUAAGUUUGAUGGUAUUGCGAUAUUUAAUGUAGAUUAUAGCAAUCUAAGGUUGGAAGACCUAUGUAAUGAAGAAAGUGACGACCUAUUUAUCGACGCGUUCGAAUAUAGAUAUAUAUAUAAAUCAUCAGCAAAUUACUACAACCAGCCUUGUCAAAGUACAUUUUUCACCAAGGAAGGGUACAUACUGAAGGUGAGAAUUGUGGAACAUAAUUGGCGUAUUCGACUGAGGUUUUAUGAUGGAAACGACACUUCAACCUUAUUACAAACAGUUACAAGUUUAGAAGACGAGGCUUUAAUAUCAGUGUCAAAUGUGAUGACAAUUCGGUACGAAUGUCCUUACUAUAAUAACUACCGGUACUGUCUUGACUACACUUUCAAAUUCAUCAUUUGGAGUGAGCGUACCGCAAUGAUUGCAUCGAAUGAAAUUAGUCAUACGACUUUAACUGACAACAAGGGGAACGGGUUGACCAUUCAUACGUAUAUGUUGGAGCUAAACAUUAUUGACUUGACAGCGAUAUACAAUCGUGGAAAUGGACUGCAAACGCAUGACAGAAUAAAUGAACUCGUUGUGGCAUCAAGUAACUUCACUGGAAAUUCAUUUAAUGGAAUUGACGUUUACAAUAUCGUCAACAUGUUUAUCGACACAUCAUCUGUUAAUGGAAAUGAAAUGAAUGGCAUGAUUUCGGGAAAAUAUACUUAUCUUACUCUUCAGAACAGUGUGUUUGAUAGCAACUUAGAAAAUGGCUUCUUUAUAAACGAUGGACGAUAUAAUGAUUACAGUUACAGUUACAAUCUGCAUCUUGAAAAUAAUUCGUUCUCGUAUAAUGGAGGAAGUGGUAUCUUCAGGAGAGAAUAUUAUCAAUAUUUGAAUAUAUAUAUCCAUGGGAAUUCCAUUAGAUAUAAUCAGAAUGGGGCGAUUGAUUUUGGGCCUAUACGAUCACGUGGUAUCAAAGUAUUGGAAAAUGACAUAUCUUUUAAUGUGGGCUAUUACCUGAUAUAUUUAGAUGUUACACAUCAUUAUUAUUCAUACGUAAGAGAGGAAAUGACAAUUGUGUCGAACGUAUUCUUCAAUAACUCUUGUGAACGGCUAUUAUUUCUUGGCACAUUAUCUUCUUCCGACAGCAUAGUCGUCGAAGAAAACGUAUUAAAGAACAACCAGCCGAGAUUAAGAUUUUUAAGUUCUGUUUGGACGUCGUCUGUCGUAUUUCUACGUUCGGAUAGCGUCUCUAUGAAAAACAACAUAUUUGACAAUCCUAAUUUUAUGUACGAAGUCUCUGUUCCAGGCCGAAAUAAAUUAUCGACAGUAUCAAUAAACGCUAGUCUGUCAUGGUGGGGCUCUACAGACUGUUCCUUCAUCAACUCACGUAUUCUAGAUGGAAAAACGCGUGUUUCAUAUCCUGUAGUGGAAAUCUCGCCGUAUCGUGUUGGGUAUAAUUUUUCAGACUUAGAUUAUCGAUCAUGUAUGCAAUUGGGGUUCAUUCGUGAGCGAGUAUCAACAAUAGGUGGCAGUAUAACAGGUAACAUCACAUUAACUUCUGCCGACAAUCCAUACAGAGUGGUUCAUGACAUUGUCAUACAACCUGAAGGUACCUUAGUUCUUGAAGCAGGUGUUAAGUUGUUGUUUGACUUCUAUACUGGAAUACUGGUUCACGGAACACUUAUUGCCGAAGGAAACAUCACGGAUGUGAUAAGGAUGGAACCGUUUGACAGUUCUAAUGAAACUAUUCAAUUGAUUCGAUUAUCUGGAGGAAGUUAUCCAUGGGAAGGUAUUCUAGAGGUCUCCAUAGAUGGUCAAUGGGGCUCCGUCUGCUACAACAACUACUAUUGGUAUCAUAUAUGGAAUAAUAUUGCUUCUCGUAUAGCUUGUCGGCAACUUGGAUAUACAGACUACAUUAGCUAUACGACCGGAACAUCUACUCUGUUAGACAUCCUAGACACUUUCAAUUGUGAUGAACGCAUUCAUUCGAAUAUUGUGUAUUGUGGUUUCAAGAAUCCCUCGUAUUCAUGUUCUUCUAACAGUAAAGUAUAUUUAACAUGCAAUCCCGGAAGAUGGCAAGGUAUUCGAUUUGCCCUUUCACCUAAACGGAGUUCAAUGAUUCACACACACAUUCGCUUAACUGGAGGCAAUUUCCAAGACUUCAAAAUCUACUCCAAUGCAGCUAUUCAAGUAGACCUUCACCACCAUCAUUUCUUUAGUAUUAAUUUAUAUAAUGUAAAUCAGGGAUUCAUUUUCUACAUCGAUAAUCCAAUCUUGAACGUUGAUUCAGUAUUGAAUACGCACAUCAAUUGUUCUAGAUCUGGGUAUGGCGUUUCCAUUUAUUCCCCAUCAUAUUACCACGAUCAGGCGAUCAUUGAAUGUGCAACUGGAAUUUACCUAUCAACCAUGUCUUCCACUCAUUUAGAGGAUAUUCGGCAUUACACUCACAAAAGUUCCGUACUAAAUUAUUUUGAAUCUGACCAAUCAGUAUUCUUCUCUGAUUUACUCGUUCUGGACAUUCUACCACCAGAGGAAAUCUAUUAUACCCAUACUAGAAAUUUCACCGUACAGCCCGGCAACAUUAUCGCAAUCUAUGUAUAUCAACAAUACUUUUAUUUCUACGAAUCGUUGGUUUUCACUGACACACCAAAUGGAGACACCUUACUGACACUUAAUUCCACAAUGUCAGGGAUAUUUCCAGAUCAUCAGCUGGUUCAAACGUCAUCAAACCUUCUGACUGUCACAUACAAAAAUACUUACCGAUACCCUCGGAUAAACGCCGGUAUUUUGCUCCUCUCUUUAAAAGAAUCACCAACAGGUGCAGUACAAAGCAACGCAAAUACAAUUGUAUUGGAUUCAGUCAAUAUACAUUCUCCUAGUGGUUAUGGGUUAAGAAUGCAUUCCAAUCCAACUAAAUCGGAAUUGAGAGUCAUGAACUCGAACUUUCAAGGUAGUGGGGGAUAUAGCGGUACUCUUGUGUAUUUGGGUUAUGGCCAUGGUGGACGCGUUCUUUUUGAGCGAUGCAACAUGUCAUUUGCUUAUUAUGGUUUUAUAAUUGAUGGUACCAUUGAGACCAUUUCUAUUCGUGACUGUAUUUUCAAAGACAUUUACUAUGCCAUUGAUGAUUAUAACUAUUUUACCUCUGCGACACUAAGUAUUGAGGAUUGCACAUUCAAUUCGGCAAGGUACCAUAUAUACAAAUACGCACGUUCAAUAGAUCAAAUCACACGUGUAUAUAGAUCGUCAUUUAGUGGUUCGACAUAUGGAAUUCGGUUUAACCAUCAUGUGCAUAACAUCUUACUUGAAGGCUGCAAUUUCCAAUCGAUGUCGUAUGGUGUGCACAUUUACACACAUUAUUAUUAUUCAUAUAAUAAUAACGCUUCAGUAUACUUACAUGAUAUCGGUUUUCAAUCCGUGAGGCAACCAGUGUAUGUAGAAAUGUAUCCCACAUACAGUUCAAACUCAAACGAAGAAUGGAUUGACUUAUGUGUCAGUGAUUGUGUAGUUGAAGUUAGUGAUGUCUUUCUGGAAACGUAUAUUUUUACGGAGACACUGAAUAUUAAAGUUAGUGUGAUGAACAAUACAGUAAUGUACAGUAAACAAGCAAUUUUGAUGACAAUUAACAAGAAUUAUUUAAUCGACAAUUUAGUGUAUCUAGUUGACAUUGUAAACAAUACCAUAAGUAACAACACGGGUGAUGAUGCUAUUAUUGAUAUUGGUAGAGAAUUUCCAGUACUAAUGACAAACGCAGUGCAGGUUGACUUCAGGAAUAAUGUUAUCCAGCACAAUAUUGUGACAAGAUCACAUUUUUUGAGUAAGUUUUCAUGCGGGUUAAUAUUGGGUGUUCGCACAGCAACCUUGUUUGGAAAUGUCUUUGAUAACGCUGGAAUCGAUAUGGAGAUCUGUAGUGCGCAUGUCUUUAUUGACCCGGACCAUUUCAUCGAUGCCCGAUCCAACUGGUGGGGAACAAGUGAGCACAUUAACGUUCGCCAGAGAAUUUUCGAUAAUGAAGAUUGGAACAACCUUGCAUACAUAAUGACUAGAUCAACCAGUGACAACAUCAUUUACGACAAAUGCAAUUCCUCGAACAUUGGUGGACGAAUUAAUGCUACUUGUCAUCUUAAUGUCGCAAAUAGCCCGUAUGUAGUCGAAUCUGACAUUACAGUCCUACCGAAUGCAGAAUUGAUCAUAGACCCUGGUGUAACUUUAUUUUUGAAUGAGGAUAAUGGAAUCACUAUUCUUGGAAAACUAACAGCAGUAGGAACCUUAAGCAGCAGAAUAACAUUUAUGCAUAACAAUACAAAAAAUACAAAAGAUAAAGACAAGAUACGUUUGAUACAAGGUAAUAGUCGUGUGCAAGGCGUGCUCCAAGUCUUUACAGACGGUGAAUGGAAAUCGGUCAAAAGAUAUCAUUUCGGACAGGAAGAAGGCGAGGUUGCAUGCCGUCAACUUGGUUAUUCGUAUGAACGGUAUACAUCCUCAGCUACUGAUAUAAACUCUGAGUCAUACUUGUCUCGACGAUGGUAUUGCAGUGGACACGAAUUGAGUUUAUUUGAUUGUUCAUAUGUCAACCGUUAUUAUUCUUGGUACAGCGAAGUAUGGCUGGUUUGUAAAUAUUCAAACUGGGGAAAUAUUCAAGUGUAUACAGAUUCAGAUUCAGAAAUAUCUGCCAUACAAUACGUUGAUGUAUUGAAUACUGGGAAACUGCAUGGUCUUGACGGUGUUCCUGCAAUAUAUGCGUUCGGACCACAGAUUCCACUAAUUGAAAACAUCCAUAUUGAGAACUGCAAUGGACAUGCAAUUUUAAUCGAUAGUACAGCAGCGCUUACUAUUACAGGAAUUACUUUGAUACAGUGUGGGUUAGGUAUAUCAUCUAGAAUAUAUUCUGCGACUAAUGUUCAUGAAUGUUAUUUUGACGACAUAUACACAACUGGUUUGAGUUUAACUACGAGAAUAGCGAGUUUUUUUCCAUCGCAAUCAUUAUUUUAUACGCAAGGAUGUGGAACGCAUCGAAAUGUGAAUCCAGGUGACCAAUUUGUACUUCGUGACAAUGCAUGUGGAAAUAUAAACUGUAUUAGCGUGUUUCAAUGCAGGCAAAAUUGCACAAUAUUUGUGACAUUUACGCAUUAUUACAGUUACAGGAGGUAUAGGAGGACUGCUUACGUUUAUGAUGGAAACUCGACCGAUUCUACUCGUAUUGGGGAAAUACAUUAUUAUAGGGCUGAGACGUUGACGUUUAUGGCUACAUCAAACGCAGUAACCUUAGAAAUAGAUUAUUUCACCACGUCAUAUGGCAAUUGUCGUGUUGAUUACGAACCAGUGGAGAUACAUCUGUCGGUGUACGACAAAGAAUACCUUCUGCAGUCAGCAAUUACUAUAGAAGAUUCCUAUUUCGUGGACGUUAUGGAUUCAGUUAUAUCAAUUGUGGAUAAUUACAUCGAGGAAGCAAUUCCAGUUGAUGUGAGCAUUUCAAAAUCAACUUUUCAAAGAUGUUCUCAAACCAGCCAUCCCAUUAUGAGCCAUAGAAACGGGAACUGUUCAAUUACAGAAAACCUCUUCAAGGAAAAUUAUGGAAAUGUGACCAUUCACGGAACAUCAAAUUAUUCUACAGUUACUGUUGCACAUAAUUAUUUCCUUUCUAAUAGAGAGAGUGGUGUAUUGUCCGUCAAAAGUGAAUCCUCAAGAAUUUAUAUAAUUGGUAAUCAAUUUUACUACAAUGAGCCAUCUACUAGCAACGAUGUGAUAACAAUUAUGGAAGGCAACACACACCUUACUGACAAUGUGUUUUAUUACAACCAUGGACGACAUCUAAUUGUUGUCUUAGGAGACAAUGCCUAUGGUAACAGACUUAUUGAGCGCAACAUCAUGAUCUACAACACAGGACAACGUUCAGACGAAAAAUUCACCAUAUUAUUAGAUAAUAUUAACACUAAUAUUUCUAGAAAUUACAUAGUAAACGCUGGUAACGAAUUUGAAGUGGCACUUACUUCACGCGUGACGUCAACAGUAGACGCUACGAAUAAUUGGUGGGGUGCAGAUGACAUCAUUCAACUAAAAAGCAGGGUUCGGGAUUCAAAGAAUGUAAUUGGUCAUGCGUUCAUACAACAAGAACCGUUCUAUACUUCACCCUCUGAGUUACCAUUUUAUAGUUCAUCAUGUCCACCGGCGUAUAGCUUAGAAGGAUAUAAAUGUUACAGUUACAAACCAGCAUCAGUCGAUUAUUCAACAGCAACUUCAAUUUGCGAAUUAGACGGGAACACGAUAUAUCAGCUCGCAGUUUCUUAUUGUCGUAAUUGCAUUUUUCGUAAUCGUGGAUCGGAUGUUGAAGAUCUAAAAAGAUAUUUAAUCAUGAAAAACGCUGAAUAUUUUCAAACAAAUCGCAUCUGGAUAAAGACAUCAAAUAAGUGUUCAUAUUUGGAGCUGAACUAUGAAAGUGGUGAACAUAGUACUGGGACGGCUGAUUGCAGCGAGCGAUAUCCAACUGUCUGCGAACGUGCUACAAGAAAUCGAUGUCCUAACAAAUGCAUGGGUAAUGGCGUGUGCCAGUAUAGGACAUGCAUAUGUGAUCCAGGGUGGUCAGCGAAAGACUGUUCAAAAUAUAUAUGCUCCGAUGGAUGCUCGAAUCAUGGUACAUGUGUGGGACCGAAUGUCUGUCGAUGUAAGAGUGGUUGGCAGGGAUCAAGCUGUACAUCUAGCUACUGUAAUCGUUUUAGAGACUGCAGGUCAUGUGCUAAAUUAGAAGGAUGUGGUUGGUGUGAUUCAACACUCUCCUGUCUCCCAGGUGCGAGUACAGGACCCGACGCCGGAGUCCAAUGUGAAGCAUGGUUCCACAAUUACUGUUUUACUACUGGAGCGUGUUCCAAUAAUAUAGAGAUACUUAAUUGCAAGUUAACUCACUGUGAUAUGACUCGAUCAAGUACUACGACAGGCUCCUGUCAGAGUUGCCGAGAUUUGGAACAAUGUUUCGUUGAAAAGCCAAGUGGAUGUAAUGUUUGGAGUCCAGAAAUUUGUCCAUCAAAUUUGGUUAAUCCGAACUAUGCUGAUCCUGAAAGAAAGAAUAAUAUAGAAAUUAGUGAAAAGGUUCAAGUAAUCAACGUGAGCCAGAACUCUACAAAUAUUUACAUUUGUCCAGUGAAGAGGAACGAUGAAGUGUUGUUGAUAUCAAGCAAGAAACUCGAAAUGACAGAAGCUUCUAAUAUCCUAGUUUCUUGUCAAGCACAAGGAAUUUUCCACACAGUUGUGUCAAUACAACAUCUAUGGCGGCAUAGCGUGAUAAUGGCGAGUGUGGCGAGACUUGAUGAAGUAUUUAAGUACGCAAGUUUAAAUGAUGUUUUAGACGUCAUUCUAAUUACUGAUUAUAGCGAUUUACCUGAAGAAUCAUUUUGGAGUGAUGCUAUCAACACUAAGCUGUCUUAUCCUAGCACAGAUGUAGUUUUACUUCAAGAUGUUCUAUUCAACAAGUGCCUUGGAAGUAUACAUGUGCUAGGAACAAGAAAAUACCAUUCAACGUUCGUGGUAUUGACUUCAGACAUUGCAACUUCGUACGAUAUAGAAGUUGGAGAUGUACUCGUCGUGAACUCUACGGGACAUUUCAUUGAAUCUGUUGUCGAAAUUGGAGGAGAACCCAAUUCUACAUUCAUAGAAACCAGUAUUUUAGACUGUAGUCACGAAGCAAUACGAAACAGCGUAAUGCUAACACCGCCCUCUUCAGUCCUUCAUGAAAACGCUAAUAUUAUUCUCGGAUGCAGUGGUGGAGAAAAUAACACAGACGGAAUUGUUAUAAUAGAUGGAGACAUAUCUGAAGAAUCGCUACAGAUUGAUACUUCUACCUUAAUUAUUGGACGUGAAACAAGUGGCUUGGUCGGGAAGAUAUUACAUUAUGAAGUUCGAGGUAACUAUGUAUUUAUCGAGGUGCUGGUUGCACGUGACCAUCAGGAGUUUAGUGAAAUCAUCUCAAAUGAAGGCGACGACGAUGGUAUCAACAAUUACGACUCUCAAGUUGACGUAAGCUUGAAUAAACCACUGAUAUACACUGACGAUGACGUUUUAUGCGAGAUUGACCCACAGUUUCAGUUUAAUUCGUCUUUGCGACUAAUUUUCUCAACUGACCGUAUAAAAUACAAACAAUUGGAUGUAAUCUACGAAGGCCCGAUAAAGACAGGUCUACAUAUCAAUUGCAGUGCUGGAGUUCCAUUUGAUGAUAAUGUUGCAAGGCAGUUUGCUGUAAACAGAAGAACUCGAAAUUAUUACGUGUCAUUGGGAGGUUUGAAAAUUCCUUUAUCCGUCGAUUUAAAAGCGAAAUAUUCCAUUAUAGCUGGCCUACCAGCUCCAUUGGAAACCAAAUUUGGUGUUACUUCUACUGCAGAACUAAAUAUCGGGUACGGCAUCAGGCCCCAAGAAGAGAGACCGGUCGUACUUACACCAAUGGUGUCUGAUGGUGUUACAAGUUCAUCCAGAGUUAUUAAAUCAGACCUGUCAAAUUAUACAAACAUCCAUAUUUCGAUUAAUGGAACUUUUGCCCCAACGUUAACGGUAACAUUCCCAGCCGAGCCUGCUCUGCCAUUUUGCUACACCGCAUCUCUUCUUCCUGAUUGGCUAGCUUCAUUUGUUGGUGGUAGUACACACACGAUGUGUAGCGAAGUUCCAGAUGGAGAUGCACCUGUCGGUUUCCAGUUUUCGACCACGUUUGAAAUUCGCUCAAAUUUGACUAUAUUUUUGUGCGACGAAAUAUGUAUAGAGGAGGAAAGCCUACCGAAUGACAUUACACAUGCUCUGUUGUUGUACGGUGGUCUUUCUCAGAUCUAUAUGGAAGCCACAUACAACCAGCUUUACCCGUCAAAAACAUCAUACCAGUCCACAAAACCAUUUGAUUUGGCAGUGAACACAAGAGAGUGUAGUGCGCAUCCAUUCCUCAAUGUACCGAACUGUCUUACUGGGCAAACAAGUGAACCCGCCGUCAAUGAUACUGAAAGCGUAACUUGUCCUGACAGCACCACACGUUUUCAACACGACGCUACAAUUCACUGUCCUUGCAACUGUGCCGAUGGUACCUUCAGGGAAAUGUCGGAAGACGGCUCCUGUCCUUGUUCGUGUCAAUGUGCUGACGGCUCCUAUGACAUAAUCGCAGUCGAUGGUAGUUGUCCGUGUGAAUGCAAAUGUCUUGAUUGCAUGACAUCUACUCUUGGUCCUGAUGGAUGUGAAUGUCCAGUGAUAUAUGACAUAUGUCCGCCCUGUUUAGUAGGUGAAAUUCAGGUUUUUGAUAAAUGUAUCUGUCAGUGCGUACCUGUUGAUGAAUGCGGAAUUUUACCUACGUGUGUUGUUGGACGUCGAGGGGAUUAUUGUAAUCAACUGGAUUGCCGUCCAUGCCAAGGUUGUUCUGGUAAUGGUAUCUGUUCAUCGGUUAUGGGUACCUGUAGAUCUAGAUGCCUGUGUAAUAGAAAUUGGGAAGGCACAUGUUGUGAGAUAAGGCGACCAGCACGAGCCUCCGGAGACCCACAUCUUCUUACCUUAGACGGCUUUGAUUACGACUACUAUGGAAAUGGUGAGUUUUGGAGCUGUCGAAGCAUUGAGAAUGAUUUUGGGAUACAAGCAAGAUUUUAUGAGAGUCAUAAAUCAUCUUUAACUGGUGGCAUUGCAAUGAAACUUGGGAAACACGUCAUAACGGUUACUACACCAAUGAAGGCAGACUUUGAAACAUUGCCAACACUGAGGCUGGAUGGAGAAAUACUGAAUAUAAGUAGCGAGAUGAAACUCCAGUUAGCAAAUUCUUCAGUACUCCUUGAUGUCCAAAUACCACUGAAAAAUGACAGUUCUUCAACUAGUCCUACUAUGAUGCUGGCAUUUGAGUACAAAUCAGGCUUGUCUGUUGGAAUCGAAGUGCAAUUUAGUGAGAAGAUAGGAAGACUAUACCUUAACACAUUGCUCACACCGACCAUGAGCUUUGUCGAAAAAACGGAGGGUCUCUGUGGCUUCAUGGAUGAUGAUCCGAACAAUGAUUUUGAAGGAUAA